CUCGUGAACGGCUUGACAUCAGCAUUCGUCUUCGGACGCAAUAACGGAGUCGCCGUUCAGUUUGACUUCGAGGAGCCAUCAAAUCCCCAUGAUGUCAAUUAUCUAGUCAACGGGUUUGAGAUCGAUUAAGCACCUGCAACCUCGAUGUUUUUGAGCCCUUCACGGGAGCUCGACGGAGAGACGGGUGUCUUAAGUCACUAUAUUCCAAAUCUUUUCGCAGAUGCCGUCGGCGCAUGAUGUUAAAGACUCACCAUGGUGAAUACAGUUCUUCUUGAUAGGAUGUUAGCUUUUAGUUUUUUGAUUGAUUGAAUAUGACCGUUUUUUACUUGCAGUUCUGCAAAGCCAAUAUAAUGUCUCAAUUUGGAGGCUCCAAUCAUCAAAAUAUGUGACCACUGGCAGGCAGUUGCUGUGCAGAUUAUCUGCCGGGAUAAACGCGAGACGCGAUCAAAACUUUUCUUGUCCGCCGCGCUUUUUUACAGGCAGACGCGGUUCUGAACGCGUCAAAAAAAAAAGUCUGGGGAAAGGGUUUCGGGAGGUCUUAUCGGGGGGUGCCGUAUAUGACGCACGAGGCCCGCGAUGAUCUUAUAUGCCAAUAUAUCCGUUUCAUAAUCCUACGUUAUUCAAACAGCCAGCAGCUCUGACAUAUCACAAUCCGUUUAUUUACCAGCAUGGCUACGUGACCGACCGAGGACGAGAAGCCUAAAGGUGUGAGACGCGGUUUUUUUGGUCAGCUAAUUGGAUUGGCUUCAGCCUGGUUGCUGCCUUCGAAUCUGCCUUUAUCUAUCUCUACCUACCUACCCCUCAUCCCAUAUAUUGCCCACCACCACCCCGUCCGUAAUCAACCAUAGACCGACCCUCACAAUCGCAUCCCGGCGCAUGAAUCUCACGUCCCAGCUCAAAUCUACGUCCUCCCUCCAAUCUUGAGACCGUUUCACACACCCACACACACAGCCAAACAAAUCCCCCACCACCACCACCACCACCACCACCGUGCAUCAGAAGAUCCGCACCCAUGGGUGUCCUCAGGAUCCCACGCCAGGAUAACCAAGAAGGUUUCGUCCUGGUGCACAUCGUCCCCCUUGCUCAAAAGGCCUCUGCGGCACUGGAUGUCAAGAUCCUGGCUACGGAGGGCAGUGCGCCUUUCGCCCUUACCUUGAAACAGAAUCAAAUCCAGAAACUCAAAUCCAAGAAAGCACCCUGUACCGACGACGAAUGGGAGGCGAUAUUGGAGGUUAUACUACUACAGCAGGAGUCGAACCCUGAAAAGGCUGCGGUGGCGGAGGGGAUAGAGGUUGAAGCUACGAUUGAGGAGGAUGUAGCUGUUGAGCUUGUCUUCAAGAAGUCGACGUCGGGUAUCACUCAACGCCUCGGCUCCCUCCGCCUCACCCACGACGAAGACCAGGAAAUCGAACUCUUCGACUGGUGCGGUGCCUCGAUCCAGCACUCUCACUCCCUAACGCGGACGCUUAAAUCCGCACAAUCAGCCCUCGUAAAAGAGCAAGCUAAGAGCCGGAAACUCGCAGAGCAGUUGGAAGAUCUACUGAAGGCGAAGGGGGAGAAUGAACAUGUCUUGCUGGAGAAGUUCGCGCUGCUGUUGAAUGAGAAGAAAGCUAAGAUUCGGGAGUUGCAGGGCGGACGGGGGGUGGGGGAGGUGGAGAUGCCGAGUAGACAUAAGAAGGAGGAGGAGGAGCAUGUCGUAGAGGAGAAGGCGGGGAAGUCGAGGAGGGGGAAGAGGAAGGCGGAGACUGUUGAGCCGGAGGAACCAGAGGAGAUGGAUGUUGAUGAGGAGCAGGGGAAAGAGGAGGGCGCGACGAGGGAUACGAGUGAUGAGCAGGAGACGGAGGAUGAGGAUGAGGAGCCUGUGGCUGCGAAGAGGGGGGGAGGGAGGGGUGGGAAGGUGGAGGCUGAGGCUAUGGAUGAGGAUGGCUCGGCUACGGAAUCGGAGGAUGAUGGGCUAUAAUAAAAGAUGUAGCUGUGUAGUUGGAAGGUACUAUACUAUACGUAAUGAAUGAUGAUUUUGGAAGAUGUGGCAAGGGG